AUGGAUUUAUCUGGAGCUUUGCAGAGAGUGGGAGAAGAUGACCCAAAUGCAGCUGUUGCAAAGGCUAAAGAACAACUGGACAGUCUUGACAGUGUGACUCUGAAUAUUGCUGUAACUGGGGAAACAGGAGCAGGAAAAUCUGCGUUCAUUAAUGCAUUUCGAGGUCUGGGUGAUGAUGACGAUAAUUCUGCACCGACUGGAGUAACUGAAACCACAACGCAAAUUACCAUGUACACCCAUCCCACCAAAUCAAACACCCGACUGUGGGAUCUGCCAGGGAUUGGUAUGCCAAAAUUCAAGGCUAACGAAUUCCUCAAAGACGUGAAAUUUGAGACGUACGAUUUAUUUAUCAUCAUUUCCUCAGAGAGGUUCAAGGAAAACGAUGUAUUUCUGGCCAAGGAGAUUCAAAAAAAGAAGAAAAAUUUUUAUUUUGUCAGGACCAAGAUUGAUAAUGACAUUCGUUCAGCGGCACAGAAAAGAAAUUUCAAUGAGCAGCAGGUGCUCUGCACAAUUAGAGAGGAUUGCAACAGAAAUUUGAAAGAAGUUGGCAACCCCAAGGUGUUUCUGAUAUCCUCUUAUGACUUGGGAAAAUAUGACUUCCAAGACCUGGUAGAUACCCUAGAGUCAGACCUUUCAGAACACAAGAGUUUUGCUCUGGUUCAGUCUGUGCCUGUGUGCUCUCUGGCAAUGCUAGAAAAGAAGAAAGAGUUAAUGGAGAAGCUUAUUUGGCUUCCAGCAUUGGCCUCUUGUUUGGGUGCCUUUGUCCCUUUCCCUGGAUUAUCAGUGGUCAUCGACAAGACGGUAUUGACAGCAUAUCUCUUAGGUUGUCAUUACAAUUUGGGUUUGAAUGAGAAAUCACUCACCAAACUGUCAGAGAGAAUGGACAAGCCUGUCUCACAGCUGCAGUCAGCUAUAAAGUCUCCUGUAACAUCAGCAGUGGUAAACACACUGGCAACUAGGCCUCAUGCAUCUAUGAAAACAAAACCAGUGAAAAGCUUAGAUGAUUUGCUAGAUAGUAAAUUUCUUGUAGCCAGUGUUCUGAAUGCAACAGAGGCAUUCAAAGCGACACACGCUGUCCUGAGUGAAGCUCUAAAUGACAUGAUCAAUGACAUGAGACGUGUUCUCCAAGUAGCAGGUUUGGAUGGAUAA